GUAGUAUCUUUCAUAUCGUUCGACGACAGAGGUGCACCGCACCUGGAACAGCACCAUACCCCCCUGCCCCCCAGUGAACAGGUAAAACCCGCAACCCAAGAUGACAAACGGCUACAGCCACGGAUUGGAGCAGAGGAAGGAGUCAAAGGAUUCCAUCCUCGAGUUACGAGGAAGUUGUAGCUGUGACGAUGAAUGCUACAACCGAGUAGCGGAAGAUCCAUCUCUCGCAUCCGUUCCAGCAAAUCAGGGAUCUUCGACGAACCCACCUCUUUCGAUGGUGGGUACCAUGGGGGAUGGUCGAGACGAUAACACAGCGAGAUUUGGCUCCCCGAUCGAUUUUUCCGCGAGAAAGCGAAGCCACACGGGCGAGACGCGAUCCAUCUUCCUAUUCGUUGCUGCUUUGGCACUGCUUCUAACCGGGAGCGCUACAACCACGAUCAUCCUUCUGACCUCAAACCGCAGCAGCGACGGCAACGUGUUGCCGGCCCAGAAGUAUCUAGAGGAAAACAUGCAUUCCCUUUUGCGCGUUCACAAGUGGUUUCGGGGACAACGGGUGCGGGGAACGAGAGUUCUUCAGGAUGUAUUAGACGCAACGGAUGGCAACGACAGCGAUCCGGCCGGGGUUCCUGUCAACAUAAAUGUCUUGAAUACAAACGGUACGGCUCCACCGAGCCAAAACGCCACCGACCCACCGACUAUCAUAGUUGAUGAACUAAUUACCCUGGCUCCUACUCCAAAUCCGUCGGUCUCUCACAGUCCUACCCUGCCUAUGGCAGAAAGCGAGCCAUCCGCAGCGCCAUCGACCUAUCUACCAACGAUAUCGUUCGCUCCCACGAUCUCGCAUUCUCCGACCAAUUAUCCGUCCCGAACCCCCACGUCUGCACCGACGGGACCACCCUCCUUUGCACCCUCCCUGCAGCCUUCACGGUCUAUGGCACCCUCUUUCCUGCCCACCAUUUCGCACGAACCAUCCAUUAGCAACGCUCCGUCCGAACGCAUAGAACCCACAAUGGCACCCACUGAGCGCGUCGACGUGAUUGUGGAAACAAACAUCACCAUGAUACUGAAAAACGUGCCACACAAUCUCACCGGCAACGAACCAGAAAUCUGGCAAGAGGUGACCUCGAACCACGUCGAGAACUUCUACAAAACCGUCUCGGAUGAAUUCGCAACCCACUGGGCUUUUUCUACGAUAGAUGUCAACACGACUCUUGUGAAGCAAGAAACCGUCGACGAAUCCAAGGGACCCGAGACAGAUGGCAGCGGACAAACAAUCACGGAAAACCAAUCAACGCCAACCACAGCACCGAUUGCCUACAACGAUACGAUUACGCUCAAGAUUACCUACAAUCAAACCAUCUCCGCGACACCCAAUGAUACACUCGCCGAGCAGGAAUUGGCCGAUAUGGAUAACUUGUUUAUCUACCCCUUCUCGACGGAUUCAUUCGAUUACUCUGUCGAUUUGGCCAGAGCGCUGAAUUGGACGACCUGGAUCAUCGUCGAAGCCGUCGAUCCCGGAGAGCGAGACGGACCAUCGGCAAUGACGCCGAGUGUCAACGGGCUCACCGUAAACCAAACAAUCGCAAUUUCGGCAUCCAUUGUGAUGGGUGCUGUCGUUAUUGUUACGUUUUUGUUGUGGGAUCGAUCCCACAAGAACGACGGCCGUCACGUCGAUGGGAACGCGGUCGACGUCUCGAUCCAUUCGUCCCUAGAGGGAAAGCCUGCCCAGGUUUCCGAGCGGACAUCGGCGUUUGGAAUGAAAUGGAUGGUGCCGCUUUCGAAAAACGGCGGCCAGGCGCACGGAGGCGAGAGCGACGGAAGCGUUUACGACGACACCACAUCGACGCGAUCAGCACCGGCACAUCUUCGCAGGGCAUACAUCUACAAAAAUGCUUCGAAACGGGCGAAUCUAGGUUCUACGGACGAAGAAGGCCCACUGGCCAAUACGAGUCGCCACAGUGGAAGCGGCAACAACAGCAGGGCCAGCAGCGACAAUAGUCCCGAUGAUAGCCCCCAGCAGAAUGAUUUCAACUCCAGUAUCUCCUCCUUUAGAGUUCCCAAACAAGUUCCACUUUCGAAUCGAAGCACCUCCGAAAGAUCAAUCAUGUCUUCGGCAACCGAUAGAAGUGUCAGUAAUCAUGGUGUGCCUCCUGUUCUGCCACCCAUUCCACCGAGGAGUACCUUUGGGCCUGCCUCGUCGUCCUUCGCCUCAACAAUUAGUACGCACGACGUAGCCCGGCGUUAUUCGGGUGAUCACCUCAACUCGAACCAGCCUUCGCUACACUUUCAGCGUCCAACACCCGGGCGGCAAGCAGGAUCAUACGGCAGGCGGAUUUCCGCUCUCUCAGACGACAGCAUUCGUGAUUAUUCCUUCGCGACCGACGGCUUUGUGAGUGACCGGGACGUCCACGAUUACAGCAGUGAAGAACAGUUAAGUCCAGGCUACAAUGAUUGUCCAGGCGAAAGGUGCGUACAAAAACAAGCUGCAAUUUUGGAACUUGCUUUUCGUAUUUGUCGCUCACGUCGUACCUAUUUGUUCCCCUCCUCUUGCGCAAAGUUCCCCUCACUACAUUCCUAGCAUCGAACCGCCCUCCGAAGCGUUUACGUCUCCUUUGCAUAUCCCAGACGAAGAAGGUCUGAGCAGCGCAGUGGGUGUUGGUGCUAGGGCAAGAAGCCCCACGAGUCCGGUCCCCACAAUUUUGGGGUUGGAACCAGAAAGUGCUAUUUUGACUCCUUCGUAAGUAUUUUCUCAUCUUUAUUUUUUUGAAGGAGGAUAUAGAUCUUGUUGUAUCGUUUUAUAAAUCCGCUUUUCAUUCUCGAUAGCCACGGCAUAUUCUUACACUGUCUGCUUUUGGGCUUGCAAAAUCUUUGUAGACAACAUGGAUUCGCCAUGACAGUCCAGGAUAUAGAAUAAUGGAUACAAUGGAGAAGUUCAACACGAUCCAUGCGUGCAUGAAAAGACAUGGCAUUUUCUACUUCUGAUACGCGCAAAGUCAAAAUCCUUGUCUGAGGGCAACAGGAAUCGUACGUCACUUUCGGAACUUUUGAGAUCAUUACGAAUGAUCGGGAUCUACAAACGUUGUGUAAUUCAAAAGGGACGGAAUUUCUUUUUGAUCACGUUUUCCUUUCAUGUAGUAGCAGCCAAAAGACGCUGCGGACUAUGAAAUUAUUCUUAAAGUGGUAGCUUUUACUAGCAGUCAGUUUGUAUAGACUGUUAAUUAAACUUGUAAUUGUGGUGACAAGUAGCAAUUGCCAAGCUUUUUCCGACUUCUCAGUGUCUAUCGCCGACGUAUUCCGCCAUCUGCCCCAACCAUUUCAGAUCUCCCGACGUGUAUCCAGCAAGCAAUUGGUCGGAGGAUGCCAUCCAGCACGAAUCAUCCGCGAUGCGCUGCAAAAUGACUGUUCGCAAAGGGCGGAGGUCCUCUCCAUCCGCACUUGUUGAUUCUGAGUCGGCAGGCAGAGACGCCAUCGGCAACAAUGCUUCCACGGCUGGGUGGUUCAGUGGCAAGGCAAUCCUCCCGCCCUUUGAGCCACGCAGUUCGUCCAAAGCAGCUUUUACGCCGAAAUCAAUGGUGGUGCCAUCGUCCGCUUGAUUGGCUUCUUUGCCUCCCAGUCGAUACCGAAUAUCUCCUCUGUUGUCUUCGCCGCUGGAAGCCAAGAGCAUGAUCUGGGUCGUCGGAGUCAUGGCCAGGUAGGAUGCGGCCGCCCAUUGGACCCUGGAACGAUAUUUCUCUUCCUGGCCGUCGUCCAGAGCCAAAAUUCCGGACCAUUUCUGUUCCAGAACUUCCGAGGCUGCCGCUACUGCGCUGAGAGAGUCUUGGAUCUUUUUCCUUGUAGCACUAGAGGAGGAUACGCUCGAUUGUGGUGGUGGAAGAAAGGCUUCCUUCGCGUAUUCGAUGGCAAACUGAAACAAGAGCAGCACGCUGUAGACUAUUGCCGUUCCUUCCGAAAAGGAGAUGCCUUCUUCUCCGGUGUACGUUCCCAACACAAAAUGGUUGAUCCCAGUCGCUGCGAGCAAGACCAAACCGAUCACCAAUCGCACCUUGGGCCCUUCCAAUCCCGGUACAAAAAAGCCCGAUCCCUGCUCAAUCGCACCCGAAGGUCGGACAUAGACA